UGCGCGCGCGGCUGGGGAUUUUUCCCCCCCUUUUUUUUGUGGUUUUUCAUUUGGGGAGGGGGCGCGCCCGGGGGCUCUGCAGGAUGGCUUCAACCCGGUUUGCCGAUCGAUACCGAAAGGACACGAGCACGGAAAUGAUCAGAACGAAAGCUGCCCGUCGGAAAUCAAUGUCUCAGAAGGAGAACAGACACAAGGAAUUUGAAAGAAGUAGACAGUUUAGCUUAAAAGACGCCAAUAUCCCCAUCUCGGAAGGGAGGGCCCUCUCUCCGCUGGAUGAGACGAAUGAGUCCAUCUUACCGGGGAAGGGCGUUAAGUCGAAAGAGUCCGUGGAUCAGCGGAAAGAACUGCUCCGGCGGUACAAGGAAGAGAAGCAACUGCAGAAGCUCAAAGAGCAGCGGGAGAAGGCGAAACGGGAUGUCUUUAAAGUGGGGCGUUUCAGGCCCGGGGCCCCGGCUUUCCUCGCGUCCAUCCCCCUGAAGAGCACAGGGAAAACUGAGCCCAAGAAGCCGGUGGCUCCUACUUCAGUGAGGCUGACCAGAUCCAAGACGAAGGACCAAGCGGAACAGAAUAAGAUUUAUGUUGAUCCUGUCAGAAAAGCGCCCGGUGCAAGCGUAGUCCAAGCUAUUCCAAGGCCAACAUCCGAGAACAGAGUCGUCGGCAAAGCGAGACCCGCGGCUGCAAAAGAAAUCCCCGCAGCGGCCAACGGAAGACUGACCAGGUCAGCCACGGCCGCCUCGAAACAGAUCUCCAAAGCAGCCGGCCUGGCUCCUCCGAGGAAAAUCAACACCGCCACUGAUAAUCAGCCGCAAAGGAGGGCAACUGGAAGAGAGGGGCCCCUGAAACAAAUCGAAGUCAAAGCUGACACGGUAGAGCCCCAAGAAUGCAGAGCCGUGUCCGCGGACCCCCCUGAAGACCCCACCGCGACCUCCCAAAACCCAGCGGCCCGAGAACUUGAUCUCGAGAAGAACGAUGAACCCGAGAGGAGCGGCCCCCCGAAAGACAGAGAGAGGAUUUCUUUCGCGCCGAAAGAUUUCAGGUUUUGGCCCAUAGACGGUCUCAAAAUCUACAGCAUCACACCCAAAACCGCGCUGGGCCCCGAUGCCCGGGGUCAAAAAGCCUUCGCCUGGAGUCCUUUGAAGACAGAUGACGGUAAAACCGAAGAAACCAUGGCACAAACGUGUGAAGCCCCAAGCAGUGACCCCGCUCCACCCAAUGGAGACGAACUCCCCAGUCCUUCGGGUUCACCGGCAACUGUGGACGGAGAACGUGGCUUGAAGACAAACGAAGAUACGACUGGGAAUUUCCAUCGCUCUCCCAUCCGUUCAGCUCCUCGGCAGCCUGACUCGAGGCCGGCAGCCCCGGCAACGGAACCACCACAACACGACGUGCCAUAUUUCAGACGGAUUCUCCGCUCCAAGACGGAGAAAUUAACCGCACAGUGUCACGAGUGGGAAAAGAAACUGGAACUGGACAUUCCGGAAGAUGCCAAAGACCUCAUCCGUACGACGGUCGGCCAAACGAGGCUCCUGAUGACGGAGCGGUUCAAACAGUUCGAGGGCCUGGUGGACGACUGUGAUUUUCAACGUGGUCAGAGGGAAACCACCUGCACGGACCUGGACGGAUUUUGGGAUAUGGUUAGUUUUCAGGUAGACGACGUGACCCAAAAAUUCGACAACCUGAGCAAGCGCCAGGCGAACGGCUGGCACGAAGUUAAUCCCCCGAGCCGGAAAGUCGUCCGGAGGAAAGCGGUCCCGAGCGGAGCGGGGAAACCGAGGGAGACGGACGGCGCGAGGGCCGCGGCCCGCAGCCGCCUGGCGGCCGUCAGAGCGGCGGCCGUGAGGGAGAAGACGGAGCCGGGCCGGCCCCCGGCAGGCGGGCCAGCCCCGGCCUUACCCCAGCCAGGGGACAAGAUCGUGUUUGACGCGGGAUUCUUCAGAAUCGAAAGCCCGGCAAAAUCGCUCUCAGCGUCCGCCCCAAGAGCCCGCUUCACACCGUCCCAGGGCAUUUCCCAGCCGCGGGCCACCCCGAGCCGGGCCAGGAGAUCGCUGCUUCAGAGCUCGGCCGCGGCCAGAGCUAGUAAGACGACAACCCCUGCGCCUGACCGCGCUCCCGCAGACAGCGAUCCCGCUGCCGACGACAUCCGAUGCCCAGGGGGCCGAAGUCCAGUCGGGAUGGUCACGGACACCGCGGUUGAAGACGCCCCACGCCCCGGAUCAGAGGUCGCACCCGAGAUAAGCGCCGAAACCGCCGAGGAGAACCUAAGGAUGGGACGCCUCUCGGAGACGGGGCCCGGUCAAAAUCCUUCCCCGUCGGCGGCGAGGGGAGAAGGCGAGGAGAUCCCGGACGAGCCGGAAGCCAUGGACCUGAAUUCCUCCGGCGCGGUUGAAGACGUCGUGAUGAGCACCCCGGAAAAAACGGCCCCAUCUCCGGAGCCGGAUCCCUGGCCUGCCGAGGAGGCCCGAGGCCCCACCUGUCUGCCCGGUUCCUUCCAGGGUAAAUCAGAAGCUUCUGAAUGGAACCUUUUUGGGUCGCCGGACCCCAGAGGCGACGACGACCCCUUCGCCCGCCAGCCGUGUAAAACCCUGACCCUCGGCGCCGACCUCAUCCAAUUUUCCCCUCUCCCUCCCGGGGAGGAAAAGCCGGGGGGAAUCUGAGCCCCGAUUCCAAAAUUCAUUUAGGAUUUAUUCAUCCGAGCCCCCCCGGCCUGCUGGCGCUUAGCUCGGGAAAACCGCCUAAGUGGCGGGCUACACUCGCCAAACGUUCCCGGUCGGAAGACGGGACGUUCAAUCAGAGGAAACGUACAUUAUUAGUUCGAUGAAGGCUAUUAACUGAAUCGCGUGUGUGUGUGUGUGUACGCGGUGUUUUGUCAUUUCUGUCCGAGUUUCUGACCCGCGGAGUGCGUCCGGGGUUUUAAUCUUUUUUGUUGUUUUUCCUUUCCGACCCUGCUUCCCCCCUCCCGAAGAAGAUGGAAACUGCCUCGCGAGGCCGGCCCGUUAAAACCUAUUUAUGUGUAAUCUUGGUAAAGUAUUAAAUGCUCCUGAAUUGG